GCAGCCCCAUCGCCUUCGCCUUCGCCUCCUCCCUCUGCCUGCCAACGUCGACCAUGUCCCCGCCGCGGUUAUCAUGAACAAGCAUGUGGGAACGCUCGGCUUCCUGUGGCGCCCUGUCGCUGGCCACCUGCUGAGAGAGAGGGCUGCCGUCCCGCGCCCAGUGCUUGCUGCGUGGGCACAGGCAUCGUCAUUAUCGACUUGGUCGCUGUCAACACCAUGUCGGCUUCACAUCACGCCCUCGCCAUACCUGGCCUGCUUUCCGCCCGCACCCAAGCCCCGCACACACCAUGUCCAGCAGAGCGUCACUGCCACCCUCUCCGCAGCCUGGACCCGCCACGCCUCGUCCAAGGCCUCGCGCACACUGAGAAAGCACAGGAGCAGCGGCCGCCGCAACAAGAGCUCAGUCACGCCGGGCUCAUCCCAGAAUAAGCCUUCUCCGCCCGCCCAAGCACCGCAGGCCAAUUCCUCGUCCCAGCCCAAUGCGCCGCCCACGUCGUCCAAGCCAGCACCGGAAGAGCAGCCCGACACGCCAGAGGCCCCAAGGCACCUCCUCGACCGCCUGCCACACCACCUACCACACCUAUACCGCCCCAGCAAAGCAGAAUUGCUGGCGGCUGCCUCGGGCUUCUGGUCGCGCAUCAAGAUCCACUUCAAAUGGCUCACCAUUCGGAGCACCCGUCCUUUUAACGCCGAUGAGAUCUACGCCCUCUUCUCAUGGGUCAUCGCCGCUCAUGUACUAUGGAUCAUCCUGGGAACUACGACAUUUUUCAUGCUGACCAUCUUCCUCGUCAACACAGCCUUUUCGCAGGAGACGGUCGGCAAGUGGAUUGGCAACUACCUGACAAAAUCUUCGGGCAUCAAGGUCGUCUUCGAGACGGCCGUGGUGCCCAAGUGGGGAGACGGUGUCAUUUCCUUUCGCAACGUCUUUGUUUCGCGCCGUCCGGGACAAGGCACAGGCAAGGUUAGCAAGGGUUCGCAGACAGAGAUGGCUGCUGCCGCUGCCGCUCGGGCUCAGCAUGAAAAGGAUGCCCACGAUGCGUCUUCAGGCAAGACAGAACCAGAAGAAGACACAAACUACACGCAGUUUGACAUUUCCAUCGACACUGUCAACAUCACGCUGUCCUUUUCCAAAUGGUUCAACGGCAAAGGUCUCUUGGAGGAUGUUGAGAUCAAGGGCAUCCGCGGUGUAGUGGAUCGAACUUCAGUGCGCACCAUUGAAGGCGUAGACCCCAGGUCAUACAAGCAUGAGCACCAGCCUGGCGAUUUUGAACUCGACUCUUUCAGAAUAGAAGACCUACUGGUGACCGUCUACCAACCCAACGGCUUCCGCCCCUUUUCCGUCAGUAUCUUCUCGUGCGAUCUUCCUAGGCUCCGAAAACAAUGGCUUUUCUACGACUUCCUCUCCGCCAACAUGAUGUCUGGUUCUUUUGAUAAUUCGCUCUUCACCAUUCACCCCCGACAAACCCACAACUACACGGGCGCCCAGCUCAGCAGCGGUCGUGAUUCGGUGGACGGUAGUUCCUGGAAGAAGCACAGCCGGAUACGCAUCGACGGGCUCAAUAUUGACCACCUCAACCGCGGUUACGAGGGCCCAUUCUCGUGGAUCUACGAAGGAAACGUCGACAUUGUAGCAGAUGUCAUGUUUCCCAAUGAAAACGAUGACAGCAUUGCCAAGGUCAUGUCUGACAUGUACGACCGCGUCGAAGCCACCGUCACGCAACAGCGCAAGCAUCACUUUUCCGAUCACAUAGUCCAGGGCUUUGACGAACAUCAUCCAGAUGACAAGGUUCACUCUGCCGCCGAGCAACAACAAGAGCGUUACAUGAUUAUGGAUAUGCGCGUCCAUCUCAACGAUGUCCGUGCCGCCGUCCCCAUCUUCACAAGGGACAUUUCCUAUGUCAACAACGCACUUGUACGCCCCAUUGUGGCAUACAUCAACUCGAGUCGUACAUUUAUCCCCGUCAACUGCAGGGUCGUCAAGAAAGUCGGUGAGUUUGACGGCAGUUGGACCUUGUACGAUAGCGGGCUUAUGGAAGAGGUGUCGAAAGAAAUGUACGAUGCCUUUGCCCGCGAUGUCCUCGAGGACCGAACCACGCGCAAACGCCGCAUAAAGAAGGUGGGAAUUUGGACCCUGCAACUUGCAGCCCAAGCCCUCUUUCUCGGCCUCGCUGGAAAUAUUGCAUAGACUUGAUGAUACCC